AUGGGUCCGCUGAGCGCCACAGCUAGCAUUAUCACUAUACUGCAACUGACGGUGAAGGUUGGCGAGGGCCUGAGCGAUGCUAAAGACGCCUCGACAGACCGUAUCCAGUUCACGACUGACAUCUCGAACCUCUCGAACCUACUCGUCGCUCUGUUGUCUCGUCUAGGCGAGAGCUCCGUCGACCCCUGGCAUGCGAACUACCGUGUUGCGUUGGAGCGACUGAAGGAUAAGAUAUCAGCUAGACAUGGGAUAAAGAAGAUGACGAAGACACCUCUCUGGAUGUAUAUCAGAGACGAUGCUGAGCGCAUUCUGUCGAGGAUAGAGCUGCUAAAGUCGCUUGAGCAGAUUGCCCUGGAAAUGGACCACUUUAAACUAUCCCAAGCCAUAGAGAGCCGUGUUAGUACCCUGCAGAACGACAACAAGAUCAUGAAAGUGGGAGUCGAUGCCAUACAGCAGGACCAAGUCCGUCAGAGGCACCGCCUCAUCAUGAACUGGCUAUCUCCCGACAACUUUCCAGCCCAGCAUGCUGACCUCAUUGCUCGCAGACAAGCAGACACAGGUCUGUGGUUCCUGGACUCCUCUGAGUUCACCGAGUGGGUUCAUGGUGCAAGCCAGACGCUAUUCUGUCCCGGCAUCCCUGGAGCCGGCAAAACGAUGAUGGCAGCAAUUACGGUGGACCACCUCCACAAUGCCGUGCAAACUCCCGACGUGGGCGUCGCGUACCUGUAUUGUAAUUACAAAAGGCAGGCGGACCAGACUACUUCCAAUCUGCUUGCGGCUAUCCUCAAGCAGCUUGUCCAGGACCGGCCAUCGAUUGCGGAGCCCUUGUCGAAUCUGUACGAUCGCCACCAAGUGCGAAGGACAAGAUUAUCGCUUGAGGAAACGCUCAGUGCUUUGCAAUCUGUGCUUGCAAAUCUCUCAAAGGUGUAUGUCAUUGUGGACGCUCUAGACGAAUGUCCGGAGCGAGACGGUACUCGAAGGCGCACAGAUCUGUGUUUGAUGGCUACCUCACAACACAUUUCUGACAUUGUGGAGGAGUUCAAGGACAUGCCUUGGGUGGAGGUGCGCGCAAGCAACGCGGAUGUGACACGAUAUGUGGUGGGCAAGAUUGACCGGCUAGCCAAAUGCGUCGAACGCGAUGGCGAUCUUCAAGAGCUUGUCCAAACCAAGAUCGUAGAAGCGGUAGAUGGCAUGUGA